GUUUUAAAGGAGGCUGGUUUGUAAAUUCAGCAUGCAGGUUUCCUUACAAGGACGAUGAAACCAGAGGACUCUCUAAAGGCUAACCCAUUGUCUUCAUUUCCUUGGGGACUGAAACGGUUGAUGGUGAGUUCCUCAGAGAAGUGAAAGUGACCUAGAAGGAUCCAGUAAUUCCUGUUGUCAGUCGGCUUUAUAAGUCAGGGAGCCAGGCGCCGUCUUCAUCCAGCCUGAAGUCCCAGGAGUGCAAAGAUGUCCCUGCGCCCCGCUGCCCCACGCCUGGCCUCCCUGCUGCUCUUCACCCUUGCCCUCCAUGGCGCCCUGGCCCUGAGGCUCUGCUCCUUCAAUGUGAAGUCCUUUGGGGAGAGCAAGAAGGAGAACCAAAACGCCAUGGAUGUCAUUGUGAAGAUCAUCAAACGCUGUGACCUUAUACUGUUGAUGGAAAUCAAGGACAGCAACAACAACAUCUGUCCCAUGCUGAUGGAGAAGCUGAAUGGAAAUUCACGAAGAAGCACAACGUACAACUACGUGAUUAGUUCCCGACUUGGAAGAAACACGUACAAAGAGCAGUAUGCCUUCCUCUACAAGGAGAAGCUGGUGUCUGUGAAGGCAAGAUACCUCUACCAUGACUAUCAGGACGGAGACACAGACGUGUUUUCCAGAGAGCCCUUUGUGGUUUGGUUCCAUUCACCCUUCACUGCUGUCAAGGACUUUGUGAUUGUCCCCUUGCACACAACUCCCGAGACCUCCGUUAAAGAGAUUGAUGAGCUGGCCGACGUCUACACGGAUGUGAAAAGCCGAUGGAAGGCAGAGAAUUUCAUCUUCAUGGGUGAUUUCAAUGCUGGCUGCAGCUAUGUCCCCAAGAAGGCCUGGCAGAACAUCCGUUUGAGGACAGACCCCAAAUUUGUUUGGCUGAUUGGGGACCAAGAGGACACCACGGUCAAGAAGAGUACCAGUUGUGCCUAUGACAGGAUUGUGCUUUGUGGACAAGAGAUAGUCAGCUCUGUGGUUCCCCGUUCCAGUGGCGUGUUCGACUUUCAGAAAGUUUACGAGUUGUCAGAAGAGGAGGCCCUGGACGUCAGUGACCACUUUCCAGUUGAGUUUAAGCUACAGUCCUCACGGGCCUUCACCAACAACAGAAAAUCCGUUUCUCUGAAGAAGAGAAGAAAAGGCAAUCGUUCCUAAGGAUCACGCUGCCAUUUUUUAAAUCGCCAUUCCUUGCUCCCAGAUAAAAUGACUCUCAUAGGUCUAAGCCAUCUGCACACUCAGGGAUCAAGGCUGGCCAAGCUGCUUUCAGUGUCUGCUUGAGUUAAGUUUGCCUGGAACCAAGUCGGGAGGAGAGUCUUCUAUUACGUCGUCACCUUGACCCCCAUACCAUCACUGGUACCCUGAGAAACCCUGCCACUCUUUAGGCAGCAGGACAGACAUCAUCUGUUAGUCCCAGCUGCCAAGCUCACAGACUUGGCAUGGCAUGAUACGUUAUUUGUUUUUGGGUUUUUUUUUGUUUUGUUUUGUUUUUGUUUGUUUGUUUGUUUUUCGAGACCGGGAUUCUCUGUGUAGCCCUGGCUGUCCUGGAACUCACUCUGUAGACCAGGCUGGCCUCGAACUUAGAAAUCCGCCUGCCUCUGCCUCCCAGAGAGCUGGGAUUACAGGCAUGCGCCACCACCGCCCGGCGGCAUGAUACCUUAUGAUAGAGGCAAGAAAAUUCAUUUGCCUCAGGGGUCAGGGAAAGAAAAGUGAAGGACUCUCCCACUGUGAUGUCCUGCCCGUCCCUACCCACAGCCCACCCC